AUGCUUCCUCCUACGCUCAACCCCGGUUCUUCUCCUGCCUCUCCCGCCGUGUCCACUACGCCACAUGACACGCCGUCUUCACCGAGCCUGCCAGGCUUGCCCGCAUCACCAAGAAAGAAGCUCCUUUAUGAUACACUCAAGAAGUCAUUCGAUGAUCAGGAUUCCUUCUCCAGAUAUUGGAUUCAGACGCUCGAACUCGCAACCCUGCCCAAUAUUGGCCGCAAGAAACGUCUAGAUAUGCUCAACCUCUUUCUCGGUCUCGAACACUUUGAGCAGCUCAUCGAUAGGCUCAAAUCCAUAGCCGAUCGGCUUCCGGAAUCCUUUGUCGAUAGCUUCUUGCACCAUUCUGGCUCUGCAUGUCUCAAAGAACAGUUCGACGCAGAAACUCUCUUGGAACGCAUCGAUCAAUCCGCCCUCUUUCAACCUACCCUCGACCCUGUCGACCGCCUUGCACUUGUCUUGCAGCAUGCUUUCGUCCCAGGUGCACCCCGAAGGGUCCGUAUGCCUCUCAGCGACUUUACCUCCACCUUCAACGGUCAAGCUCUCGAAAUGCUCGUCCACCACAUCAAGUUCAAGUACUUUACCAAGGUGCUCCCCAUAAUCCAGUCCUCAGGCUUUGGCAAAACCAGGCUCUGCGUCCAACUCAGUACCGUCUGUCCCGGUAUGCUCGUUUCUCUCACACAAAACUAUGAUGACUCGGAGCCACCGCAGGACAAGCCAGUCUAUGACUACUUUCAACGCGUCAAGGGACUCCUCCCUGGGUCAUUAGAAACCAAGUAUCAGCCCAACGAAGAAAAAAUGAGGUUCAACGAAGCACACCUCUCCAUCCUCGCUUGGCUUGCCAUCUACUGCCAGACUACAGCCUAUUACCUGAUCCAGCUCCAACAUGCCUCUGGUUGCUUUGACCCGCCUGCUCACCACCAAGAUCCUGCCGCGUGCUGGCGUGCCGUCGUCUUCUACUAUGCCCGAACUACUGGCUUGAAAGAGGGCUCGUUCUUCGAGACUCCCUCUAACCUCUGCCACCAGAGCCGCCUCCCACAUCUCUGUUCCACAGACAUACCUCCUAGCACCGACAAUCCGCUCGCUCACGUCCACCCCGCCAAUCAAGCCGCCGAUCCUCCGCCUAGCCUUUUGGCAACCCCGCGAAUUCGUGAAAAGAUCCUCGAUUACAUCUGUGAAACGGCCACCACUCUCGCGUCAACCAUGAAGGGACAGUACUCUUGCCAAUUGUCCUAUCAUGAGUUGCUCACCCAUUCCAUUCGAGACCAUCUCAAGCCAAGCCUCCAAUUAGUGGAGCAUCUCUUUCGCGACGCUGACCCUAACUCGUUCUUUUUCCUCGCAUUGGACAAAUGCAGUAGCAUUGAUACAUUGCUGCCAUACAUACGUCUAGUGUGGUUCUUUGCCGUGCCAAAGAUGACGUGGAUCCUCCUCAUCGACACCAACCCGAAUCUGGCACCGCACGCCCCCGCCGGCGAAUCUCGUCAAGCUUCGCGACGCCCGUCAGAAUUCGACAUGCAAAGUUUCCCCCAGCCGUUUUCGGCGAUGCCGCUCGACCCCAACUUGACUAGUCAACAUCUUCGCACGCUCUUCUCGGGUGGCGGCCAACUGACCAUGCGAGACCUCGACGCAUUCCUUCCUCGCUUUGGACGACCGCUGUGGAUGGACUCACGCUAUCACAGCGACGGAUUCAUCAUGCCCAGGGCCAUCAUCAACAAACUAGUCUCGCGGGUGUGGAUAUGGCCUGACGAAUUGAAAGACUACCAGUCUGAUCCGCUCGGCGAUACCAUCCAGAAUCUGAUCGCACUUGCCUCCCGACGCCUUCACCUCGACCUGUCGAGCAAAGCUGGCCCACAGAUUUGGUACCCCUUUGUUCGUAACCAGAUUGCUUGCCGCCUGCGCUACUUCGGUCGAAUCUAUUCCACCUCGGAUUCGAUCAAGUCCGGUACACCUGGUGAACCACCUCUUAGCCUUGCCGUUGCUUGGAGCGUUCGAUCCAAGCCCGAACUUGUAGCUGCCAAUGAACCCGUUGGUCUUAAGGUGGGCGCUCAAGGCGAGCUCGGCAUCGCUCUCCUAUCCACCAUGGCCAUCGACCUGGCUAUGAGCCAGAGGUACUCGGAUGACCUGUGUGACUACAUUUGCAAUGGGCCUUCUACCUCGGCCGACACCAAGUAUACCGCGCUCUACGGCCUCGUCAGUGUCCACGAUUGGCUUUGCACUCUUACCGGCUCCAAGUAUGUAGUGUGUGCACCAGCAGUCAGCGGGUCCAGCAGCGGCUUCUCUGGAAGCGAGGAUGGCGAAGAAGUCAUGGCGGAUCGAGACCAAGCCGAUCAAGGCUUGCCGUCACAACUGGCUUCGUGGGCCCGACGCGCAUGGCUCAACUUUACGCAUCCCACCAUUCUGCCUGAGGAGAUACCGCUCGACCGUCGCAUUGGGACAGAAUUGCUUCGCGAGCUCUGGAUCCGUCACGCCACAGCGCAAGGCGUUAGCAAUCAAGCUGGAUGGACUUUGCUCAUACCCGUUUAUGAGUCUCACAGCGACCAGCCUCCGAAUGGCGCUGACAAGUUUGACGAGACCAAGUUGUCGUACAUUGCUAUCCAAGUAAUGAACUCGAUCAACCGGCCCACCCGAGAGGUCAAAGAGGCGGCAGUAGGCCCUCAUCUUGCUGUCGACCAAGAGAAGCAGUGCCUCGAGCUCUUCUUUGAUGUCAAGGGCUUAGCAUCUUGCCGCGGUCACGAGUACUCGCAGCGACGCCAUCCAACCCCAGCAUCCAACAAGCAGCGGGCGCCCAAGACGAAAGAGCAAGAGGAAGAAGAUGCAAAGAGUCGUCUUCUGCUGCGACAUCACAUAUUCAUAAGUGGUCUCACACCUGAAGGCUUACCAUUGCUGAAGCAGCUCGAGGGCCCCGCCGCUAAGCAGGCGAAAUUGCUGUUUGGCGAUGCGGAUUCACUUGACACGCUCGAGUUCGACGAGGCGCAUGCCCACUAUGUCCGCCGCUUGCCAUCGGAAGAGCAUCGCAGAACUUGGGAUGAAGCACAGACGUGCACGGAAGGCAGACUGGUGUUCUUUUCGUCAUCUUUGUUGACGUGA